AUGGAGUGUCACCUGUGCAGGUUGCCAGACAACACUGCCCUGAAGCAGCAGAAAUUGCCCACCCACCGACUACACUUCUCGGCCAAGAAAAUCCUCUUUAUCUUUUUUGCCACAGGAAUAUUCUGCCUUUGCAUGGGCAUCAUCCUUCUACUGUCUGCAAAGAGCACCCAGGAAAUAGAGAUCAAUUACACAAAAAUAUGUGCAAAUUGUGCAAAAGUACGGGAAAAUGCCUUUAAUUUUGACAAAGAAUGCACCUGUUCUAUUCCCUUUUCCCUUACAAAGAAAAUGAAGGGUAAUGUUUAUAUGUAUUACAAAUUGUAUGGCUUCUAUCAGAACCUCUAUCGAUAUGUUCGAUCCAGAAGUAACAGGCAACUGGUGGGCAAAGAUGUGAAAGCUGUUAACAGCUGUGCUCCAUUCAAAAUGUUCCACAAUGAGACCCCCAUCGUUCCUUGUGGUGCUAUCGCCAACAGCAUAUUCAAUGACACCAUAAUUCUUUCAUACAAUGUUAAUUCAUCACUACAAAUCCCCGUCCCAAUGCUAAAGACUGGACUUACAUGGUGGACAGAUGCGUAUGUCAAAUUUCAGAAUCCGAAGGCUGAUAAUCUUGCCAAUGCAUUUGAAGGAACCACAAAGCCCCCAUACUGGCAAAAGCCUAUCUAUGAGUUGGAUAAAGAGGAUCCAGGAAACAAUGGCUUCCUCAAUGAUGACUUCAUCGUGUGGAUGCGGACAGCUGCCUUUCCCACUUUCAAAAAACUGUACCGUCAUCUCAAUCGAACACAGCAUUUUACAGCAGGCUUGCCUGCUGGUAAUUAUAGUUUCAACAUAACCUACAACUUCCCGGUAACCAGGUUCUACGGAAAAAAAUCAGUCGUUCUUUGUACCACGACAUGGAGUGGAGGUAGUAGCCUUUACAUAGGUCUUGCCUACACGGUGACAGGAGCCAUAACAUGGUUGGCCGCCUUUUCCAUGAUGGCAAUUCACAUGGGGCUGAAAAACAAGAAAAUGCCCAUCAUCCAUCAGUCAAAUGAAGCCUUAAAAGAAAAAGCAGAAAACAGAAAUGGACAGUGAAGUAACAGCCAAAGAUCUCUCACAAGGCUUGAGGUGACUGGAAUAGUUCAACAAGGGGAACUGGAUUGACUGAACCAAAUGCAAUCCCUGAUGGAUAUGUAAUGAGAAUUUUAGAGUUAGAAAGAAGAAGAGGGAA